AACAAACACAAGAGAGCGCAAGUGACCACGGUCGCCAUCGCUGUCGGCGCCAGAAGUACAAGAUUAUUUAAAACUGUGUUAUGUUCCCUCUUCACAGCUCUGAGACAAGAACAAUCCUUGUACAGAACUACAUUGUCCAGGACAGGAACAUGAGCUGCAGCAUGCCCUUCAGUUGGAGGAUCAAGGACUACAUGGAGGAUCUCUGGGUUCAUGUGCUUCAUCAUGAGGGAUACACUCAACAAAUGUUCGAUCAGUUCUUUUGGAAGACGCCACUGGGAGAAUACAUUGCAAAAGCAGACCCAGAGAUGCAGGCGGAGUUUUUCCACCGUUACCUUCAGGAUUUCAUUUCAAUGACGAUGAAUGUGACUUGUCAGGAAGAUCUGCAGCUCCUGUGUAGUGCCUUGAAUUGCUGUGUCAGUGAACUGCGAUUGCAGCUCAAAGAAACUGAAGCAGUGAUGUCUCUGCCAUGGGUCCAUGCUGCUUAUCAUAAGUUCAAGAACCGACUGCAGAACCUCUCCAGAAUGAUCUGUCUUGAGCCCCAGGUGACCCAGGACCUUUUGAGGAAACUUCAUGACAGAGAUGGGGUUGAACUGGUACAUGAUGCGUAUGCUGCUCUUGCGUGUGUGGAGUACCUGGAGCCUAGAGCCCUGGACACAGAUGAACAAAGACAAGCCUGGCUCAGGCAGGUCAAAAAGCUCCAGGUUCCCAUUGAGUUGAUCUGCUCAGAGGACAAUGUCCGACGGUAUGGAGAGCGGAGCAAGGCGAUUGUCUGUAGAGUCCGAACUGGAUGGAAUCGGAUAAAUUCUCUCUUUGACAAGGUUAAAGAUUACCUGCAGCAGCAUCUGGCCGCGGUUGAGCAGAGCAACAUCUUGGAGGAGCAAGACAAAACUGAACUGUACUGCUUGUACAUUAACUGUCUUGAGGACUCCAUGUUUGAGAGAUUGCAGUUCAGGUCCUCUGCAGACCAGCAGGUAUUUCUGCAAGUUGAAAGUACCUUCCUGACUGACUACCUGCAAUCACAUGGUCAUUCUGCUGAAACAGCCACUGUAGAGUACCUGCAGCAGGUGGCCAGAGUGCGGAUGGACCUGGAUAUGGCUGCUAGUCUCAUCAUGGAAAAACUGAGAGCCAAUGAGUCCAAGGAACGUGGUUUAAGUAGAACCACAGCUUUCCUGAGCAACGUGGAGAACUUGUGCAGGCGCAGUGGAAAUGACUGGUAUCGUGUCUACUUGAUCCGUAAGAUCUGCAGCCAACAUGGAGUGGAGUUUGUCCUGAAACUCCUCAAAACGGAUCAAGUGCGCUGGCUCUUCCCUGAAGAAACUCUGCAAAAGAGUGCAGAAGUCACCCCAGUAGAUCAGUAUCUUGUGUGUGGGGACGACUACAAGAACAUCAGAAAUGCUGUGGCACAGGGGGUUAUAGAAGGCAAAAUGGACAGAGUGGAUGAGAUUUGUGAGGGCUGCAAAUGCUUACCACAGUGCAAAACAGUUUACCUUCUGCUAGCGCUGUGCAGAGAAGUCACCACUCUCUACAGAGAGGCCAGUGCUAACUUCCAUCCAAAGCCUGAGCAGUUGGAAGCCCUGGCGACCUUUAUUCAGACAUCCAAAUUCCUUGACACCCCAGAGUUGAAGACCUUUGCUAAGGCUCUGGUGACCAACCAACUCGGGCCGUUGGCUCUUCAUGCCGGGGCUUCUGGUGCCCACUGUGUGCUGGUGGACUUAACUGUUCACCUGGCUACUGUCCUACUCUGUGGGACCCAGGGGAUCUUGGCUCCCCUGCAGCAGCUGGCAAAGGCACCUGCCAACAUGCAGGCAGCCUUCUUGCCCAGCAUGCCACAGGACAUGUUAGCAGUGGCUCAACAAGUCAUGGGACCAUUGCUUUGGUACCAUUGUCCAAAUGGUCACCCCUGUACCAUUGGAGAGUGCGGUCGGCCUAUGGAAACAAGUCAUUGUUUGGACUCAGGAACCAUUCUGCUUUCUCACCUGCGAAAGGACUUGAAGCAUCUUAUCAGAUCUCUGGGCAAGGGGACAGACGACACAGUUAGCACUGUUCACCUGGUCAUCAGCAGCCUCCUACAGCCCCACCAGCAACAAAAAUGGCCUGUUCCUUAUGACAAUCAGCUCUCCACCAAAGAGGCCAGAAAUGAAUGGGAAAUGGAAGUGAGCAAUGCCAUCAUUACACCUCAGCUGAAGCACUUGGAUCGACAACUAAAGGAAGUGAACGCAUUUAUCCGGGCUGACUCUCGCAUCUCAGCCAAUCCAAUCAUGAAACUAAUGUUUGGCAAUCCUCAUCUCUUCUUGGCCUCACUUCCCAAAGAUUCUCUAAUCCAUGGUUCUGCCAUUUGGAGCUGCAGAGAGAAAGUGUCUCUGCUGAGCCUCACCCACAUUGUCGAGCAGAAUGAUGGCAAAGACACCCUGCCUGUACUCUGGAGAUUUUUGCACAAGGAAGCAGAGCUGCGACUUGUGAAGCACCUUCCUGACAUCCUCACACUCCAGAGAGAUCUGGUCAAGAAGUUUCAAAACAUCACUGAGCUGACUUGUGGUACCAUAGCUGAAUUCCUCCACAGUCAGAAAGCAGCUUCAUUGAAAGCCUGGUAUGAGAAGCAUGUUAAAAUCUUCCUGACAACCUGGAAUCAGCUCAGAGUGUCCUUGGCAACCAACGGUGAAAUUAAAAUCCCAGCUGAGUUCUGCCAGAAGGACUUGGACCUCAACAGUGACUUCAAGGUGCUGUUACCACGGCGACAAGGCCCAGGCCUGUGCUCUACAGCUCUUGUCAGCUACCUCAUUGCCCUGCACAAUGACAUGAUCUACUGUGUGGAUAAACACACUGGAGAGGAGACCAGCUACAAAGUGAGCCCCGCAGACCUGACUGACAUACAUGUGAUUCGGUAUGAGCUGGAGAGGGACCUGAUGCCUCUGGUUCUGUCCAACACCCAGUACAGUAUUGAGAAGGGCCAGGAGACCCUUCAUGAGUAUGACUUGCCCAAGAUCCAGCAUCAGAUUGUUUCCCGCUUCCUGCUGGGCAAACCUCUCAUCACUCUCAAUGGCAUUCCAACACUCGUGAACAGACAUGAUCGCAACUAUGAGAUUAUACUAAAGGAUGUAAAGGCUAAAGUCAAGCAAGAGCCUCUUCAGACUCUCACCCUGUUUGCUGUGGCUGGAGAGCUCCACUCCUAUAGUGAGGUGUGUGAGGCUUUGUCUACACUGGAAGUGGCCCUUGGUUUCCUUGCCAUGACUGGUGGAGAUCCUCACAUGCAGCUGUCCUGCUACUUGGAGGAGGUGCUGCAGAUGGGAGACCAGACAGCUCCGCAUAUCCUCAAGACCCUGAGCAUGUGCUGUCUAAAGCAUUGUGUGGAACUGUGGCAGCUGCUGGCCUCACUGAAAUCAGAAAAUUUGCUGCGGCUCAAGAGGGAUCCAUUUGUAGGAGUCUCAGAGAAAUACAAACAGGUUCUGGGUGAGGACGAGCGCAGACUACUGACUGGUUUCUUCUCUAAGAGCAGCGCUGACACUUUCCUGCUGGAGAUGCACGAGUUCCUUGUGCUGGUUCUUAAAAUGCCCAAUGCACCGGAGACCUACAGGCCUGACUGGGGCUUGAAAAUCACGCUGGUGUCUUACAUGGAGCGGAAAGGACUGGACAUCCCGCCUGAUGUGGAGGAGCUCUUCCCAGAUGAGAUCUGCCUGUCCCAUUGUGUUGCAGCCUGGAAGUUCGUUGUUGCCUACAAGCAGGAACAUGGACAAAGACAAUGAAGACGAGAUGGACUGGGUUGAUCCCCACCCCCCACCUGUUUGUUAAAUCCCUCAAAUGAAGUUUACAAUCAUGACAGACAGUACUGAAGUGGGGAAUAAUGUGUAUUUUACAUACAUUUAGGGAGAGAUGUGCCUUUUUAAGAGUGCUAAUAAGUUCUGUAUGAUGCCACAAAAUAAGCACGGAGUUCACAUUUAAAGGUGACUUGACUAAAGGGUCCCUACUUUUUUUUAAUCUACAGUAUCAUGGAUUUGCAUUAUUUUCUAUUUUCCUAAGUAUCAUGUAGAAGGUUUAUGCACAGUUAAAGUAUUUUUGCUUGCACUUGUAAUGUCAAUUUGUCACAAAGAGGCAGAAAAAAAAUCUGAAGUCUACUCAGGUAUAAAAUGUGGAGUAACUGUGAGGACUGAUCACCUGAUCAGUAACCGUGUCUUUUCACUUUGAUUUGCAUCUUUUUUUUUUAUCACUGUUUAGUUAUGUUGUCAUAUAUAAAAAUCUUGCCUUUAAAUCAUUCCAGUUUACUUUUUUUUUCCUGUCAUUUUUCAUAGGCUCUUUAAUAAUGUAUGUUGAAAGAAUACACUGAAAUAGAUAAUUUCUUCCAAAAAAGCAUAGUCUUCUUUGUGUCCUUGUGUUUUGUGUACAGAAUAAUACAUGCUUUGAAUGUGGCAUCUUAUUCACCUCAUGUCUGUGUCUGUUCUCAGGGCAGCCUCAUUCCCUGUAGUAAAGUGAAUAUGUUACCAGCUGCAAUUAUAGACAAACUGCUUUAUUUCCUCAGUCAACUAUAAAUUUUACUGUCCAUCCAUCCAUUAUCAACUGCUUAUCAGGUAGUCAGGACAUGAAGGCAGCAGGUUUAGUAGGGGGAGACCUGCUGACUCAGACUGGGGAUGCCAUCAGGGAGUGGAAGAAAACACUUUUUGGUAGUUCCUGAACACAACAAACAUGAGGCAAAGUGUGAAGAUUCAGGGCACUCAAAUCUUUGGCAGAGGUCUCUGAGGUGUAGUUGAGAAGGCACCAGGUACGGAUGAGAUUCGCCCUGAGAUGCUGAAAGCUCUGGACAUUGUGGGGGAGUCCUGGCUGACAUCUCUUCAAUGUUGAAUGGAGGAUGGGUGUCAUACCUGGGGAAAUGGAAACUGAUGGUCUCCAUAUCUAAAAAGGGUGACCAGAGGGUGUGUACCAAUUACUGGGGUAUCACACUGCACAUCCUACCUGGGGAAGCUUAUGCCAGAGUAGUAGAAAGAAGCCUCAGACUGGUUGUUGAACCUCAGAAUCAGGAGAAACAAUAUGGAUUCCUGCCUUGUUGUGGGACAGUGAACCAACUCUUUAUCUUUACAAGGCUACUGGAGGGGUCAUGGGGAGUUUGCACAUCCACUGUGCAUAUGUUUUGUUCACUUGUGGGAAACAUCCAAAGAAAAACAUCCGAAGAUCUUCUAGCCUUAGACAAUGGCUUGUCCUAUAUCUUAGUGCUGCAUUUGACACCACUGAUCACAUUUUAUUGCAGAAACAGGAACAUGCUAUUGAGAUUAAAGGAACCACACUACAUUGGUUCGAAUCUUAUCUAUCAGAAAGAAUCCAGUUUGCCCAUGUUAAUGAUGAAUCUUCCAUUCAGACUGAAGUUAGUCAUGGAGUUCCACAGGGUUCAGUGCUUGGCCCAGUUCUCUUCACUUUAUACUUGCUUGCCUCAGGCAAUAUUAUUAGGAAACAGCAUAAAUUUACACUUCUACACAGAUGAUAUUCUGUUAUGUCUCUUUGUGAACCCAGAUGAAACAUCAAUUGGUCAAACUUCAAGUAUGUUUUAAAGAAAUAAAGGCCAGGAUUACCUGUAUUUUCUUACUUCUACUCUAGAUGGCAUAGACCUAGCCUCCAGUACUACUUUUUGAUAAAGCGUAUUGUUAGGGCUGGCUCCCCUAAGCCUUCCCUUAGUUACACUGCUAUAGGCCUAGACUGCUGGGGGUUCCCCAUGAUGCUCUGAGGUCCUCUCCUCUCCACUCCAUGCAUUUAUUUGCCCCCAUUACAUGUCAUUAACCAUGUAUCUCCUCUCCCAUAGUAUGUCCUCUCUCUCUCCCCUGUACCUUUCUGCAGGUUUUCCUGGCUCUGAAGUUCUACGAUUCUGUUGAGCAGUCACUGGCCACAUCAACCUGCCCAGUGUUUGAUUGUUUGCUGUUUUGU